CUCAUGUCGUCGCAGGUAGGGACGCGUCCAUCUGAUCCAUCACUCAUUGAUGGCGUGCCUUGCCACAAGCCGUGGUCGCCGAACGCCGAUGUUUUCUACCAUCCUGGUGCCCCUCAAGGUAUAGGAUCCUGAACGCACGCGCUCUGCUGACGAGCCACGACCAGGCUCCACUAGCGCCACCCUUUCAAGCGCCAGACAUGAGCAUCGAUCGCAUCUCGAGGACACUACUUAGGCCAGUACUGUACAUAUUCCCGAACGAAUGGGUGCAGCAGGCAGGCAGGCAGGCAGGCAGGCAGCCAGGCAGGCAGGCAGCUAGCAGCAAAGCAGCAACGACGCCAUCAUAUAUUGUCGCGAACCCUGAGCAUCGAUCAGGAACGCGCAUGUGCUGGCGGCGCAUGCUCAUCGCGCCGCAUUGGGCGCUUAUUUUUAUUGGGCGGGUGGUCGAUCUUUGCAACCAACACCGCAACAUGCAUGCAUAUAUGCGGCUCAUACUCGUGACUUUUCGGCUUCUUUUUGCUUUCGCCGGGCCGACGACGCGUUCGGCGACGCGCUUCUCACAAGUCACGUGUCUUUCGUCCCCUGCAUUUCGCACAAGCUCGACACGUGAUCGAGGAAUGGAGAUCUCGCUAUUCUUGUUUCCAUGUAUAGGUGCCGGGUCAACAUGUCGCCAUGAAGGAUCAGCUCGUUCGCUGCCAAGGAAGACGCGCAGCACUCGAUCUCAAAAGGCCACCGCGAUCAGAUCGACCAGCCAGCCCUCUCCACGCCUCAAAACUUCUGACCGUAACAGAAGCUCGAUCGUGAGCGUACUUGGCACUAUUCUAGAAAGUUGCGCCAAGCUCUCCUUUUCGUCCACUUUCCUUGAAGGAAGUGCAAGCUCACAGCCCACCGGAAGCGCUUGCAAACAUGCCGCCUGUCGCACAGGUCCAGGGAGUGCCACAACAGCAAUCUGUCACGCAGAAGCGUGAGUUGGGCUCGCAAGCAACCUCACGUCCCAGCGAUGCGCAAGCCGAGUGCGCAUGCUGAAGGGAGAGAGAAAAACUUUUCCCCCACGUGUUCACGCUCCACUCGCAGUGAUGAUGGGUGCCAUGAUGGGAACGGGAGUAGGAUUGUGUAUUGGUUUCAUUGGUGGAGCUUUUCAGAUUCUGCGGUGAGCCGAGCAGGACG